AUGGCAGGCAUUCCCGGCUUCGUCGGUUUCUCACUUGCUGAAGAUGCUCCUUCGCCAUUUUCCAAGCGACAAAAUGGCUGUUAUACGUGCGAGAAAACAACAUUGACCUGCCCCCCUUGUGCUGACGAUGAAUUCUGCACCUUCACUACCCAAAAGUGCACCGAAUGCUCAAAAGCAAUUUGUAUAAAAAACCCAGAUGCAGACGCGAUAUCUUCCCAGCCCAGUAGUGGUCCAAACGUCGGUGCUAUCGUGGGUGGUGUAAUAGGGGGUUUGGCUGCCAUCGGAAUCAUCACGUAUCUAGUUUGGCGCUUCUGUAUCAAGAAUAAGAGGGAGUCUUACGAGCAGGAACGUUGGCAAGGAGAUGUGGAACAGACCAAAGAAGGAGCAGAUAACGACUUUUCUUCAAAACGGUCAAAACGAGCCUCUACCCAUACCGUUCACUCGAUCGCCUCUACUGUUCUUACUCGCGCAUCCAACAUCAUUCAAAUCGCUUACAUCCCUGGAGUCACUAAUCGGGCCACUCCUACUUCGCCAACACUUCUUGUGCCCCCCGUUCCCCCGAUCCCCAUUGCGCAUUCGGACAGCGGUAGCAACUCACCUUUCGACGAACAACGCUUCUUUGUCCCCGGAGAUCUUCGCGACUCGACGUACUCGGGCAUUUCGGGCUAUACUGACCGUUCUUCUGUUGCGCGUACUUCGUAUGCUCCGCGAUCUAGUGUUGCCUCGACGAUUUACGGAAAGAAUGCUGUCAUUUCGCCACUUCCAGCUCAGAAGGGCAAUUUCCUCAAGCCAUCCAUUAUCAGUGUCAAGUCAGCACGCGCUCCCAGCAGUGGCAGUUCGACCCCGCCCGUACCGUCCGUCGACUACGAAAAGUACGAUCAACCACCCUCAUGCCCGUCGCCUGCCUUCAGCAUCGGCGCGACAUUCUUUAAGAACGCCAGUGCGUCAACAGCACAAGCCGUACGACCGCAGAUGGUCCGCGUUGGUAGUGGUCCUAAGACUGUCGAGGUGAAGACCAAGUCAUCGGCUACUUCUACUACGGCCGUUGAGGAUCCCGAAAGUCCCCAAUCAUUAGUACAAUCAGUCGAUGCGCAAAAAGAAAAUGAGGUCAAAACGCCAACUAUAUCUAAGGAUCCAUCGAAUAUGGAGAGUCCGUUUGCUGACCCGCCCAAUCCGUCUAGAGGUCAACAUAGUUCCCUUACCGCAGUAAGAGAGGAGCCGUCGAGGCGGGGCGAUAGCAAAUCAUCUUCGGCCGACCGGGACAGCAGCCCAUUCGGCGACGAAAAUGCCUUACGAGACUAA